CCACUAGGAGAGGUCGCAGCGCAGACGGAACCCACCACCCAAAGAAACCAAGAACCAAAAGCUCGGAUUUUCCCCGCCGGCGCCCGCCGAUUUCCCCUCCCGAUCGAGCUGCCGCCGAUUCCCAGCCCCGCGACCAUGACGACUGACCAGCCAGUGAUCAGCCUGCGCCCCGGCGGCGGCGGCGGCGGGCCCCGCGGCGGCGGCCGCCUCUUCGCCCCCGCCUUCGCCUCCGGCUCCGCCGACUUCCUCCGCCCGCACGCCGCCGGCGCCUCCAGGAUUGGUGACUUGCAUUUUGAGACGCGUGAGCGCGUUCGUUAUUCAAGAGAUCAACUUCUUGAUCUGCGUGAGAUCACUGAUGUACCCGAGCAAAUCUUGAGGGUUAAGCAAGAAAUUGAGACAGAGCUUCAAGGUGAUGAACCGAGCUGGGUUCGCAGUGAAUCAAAUGUGCAAUUGCAGACACAAACGGAAACCCAGACACAAGGACAAUCACAAAAUCGCUUUACUGAGACUGAUAACCGUGACUGGCGUGCACGCACGGAGAAACCUCCAGCACCAGCAGUUCAGGAAGAGAAGUCUUGGGACAACAUUCGUGAGACUAAAGAAAUGUACAAUUCAGGUAGGAAGCAGGAGCAGUAUAACAAGCAAGAUCAGUUGAGCUCCCAGUUCGCUUCGAAAGCUCAGGCUGGUCCCCCUCCCGCUCUUAUCAAGGCUGAGGUACCUUGGUCAGCCCGAAGAGGCAAUCUCUCAGAGAAAGAUAAAGUCCUGAAAACAGUGAAAGGUAUACUGAACAAACUGACGCCAGAGAAAUUUGAUCUACUCAAAGGCCAGCUACUGGAUUCUGGAAUUACAACUGCUGAUAUUUUGAAGGAUGUUAUCACACUCAUAUUCGAGAAAGCUGUUUUUGAGCCCACGUUCUGUCAGAUGUAUGCCCGACUUUGUUCUGAACUCAACGACAACCUCCCCUCAUUUCCCCCUGAAGAAGAAGGCGGUAAAGAGAUUACAUUCAAACGUGUGCUGUUGAACAAUUGCCAGGAAGCAUUUGAAGGUGCUGACAGCUUAAGGAUCGAGAUUGCAAGUUUGACUGGCCCUGACCAAGAGAUGGAAAGAAGGGACAAAGAAAAGAUAUUCAAACUUAGAACACUUGGAAAUAUUCGUCUAAUUGGUGAGCUACUCAAGCAAAAGAUGGUACCUGAGAAGAUAGUUCAUCACAUUGUUAAGGAAUUACUGGGGUCUGAUAAAAAGGCUUGCCCUGACGAGGAACACGUUGAAGCCAUUUGUCAGUUCUUCAAUACAAUUGGUAAACAGUUGGAUGAGAACCCGAAGUCUCGCCGAAUUAAUGAUACUUACUUCGUCCAGAUUAAGGAGCUAGUAGCGAACCCUCAGUUGACUCCACGUUCCAAAUUCAUGGUCCGUGAUCUGAUUGAUCUCCGUUCGAACAGCUGGGUGCCUCGACGUGCAGAGAUUAAGGCAAAGACAAUCAGUGAAAUUCACACAGAGGCGGAAAAGAACCUUGGACUACGUCCAGGGGCCACAGCAAACAUGAGGAAUGGCCGUAAUGCACCAGGCGGGCCUCUUUCGCCUGGAGGUUUUCCAAUGAACCGUCCAGGAACUGGAGGUAUGAUGCCUGGGAUGCCUGGAGGGAGAAAAAUGCCUGGGAUGCCUGGGUUAGAUAAUGAUAACUGGGAAGUUCAGCGUUCUAAAUCAAUGCCAAGAGGUGACGCACUUCGCAACCAGGGUCCCAUGAUUAACAAGGCACCAUCUAUCAACAGGCCAUCACCAAUCAACCCCAGGCUUCUUCCUCAGGGCACUGGAGCACUGAUUGGCAAGAGUGCACUUUUGGGCACCGGUGGCCCACCAUCUCGCCCUUCCAGCCUUACAGCAACUCCCAUCCAAUCACCAGCUCAAACUACAGCAUCACCAAAACCAUUAAGUGCAACUCCAGCUUCUGUACCUAUUCCUGACAAAGCAGCCAGUUCUGCGAAGGCGAUCCCUGCCAGUCUUCGGAAGAAGACAAUAUCUCUUCUCGAGGAGUAUUUUGGUAUUCGUAUCUUAGAUGAAGCACAACAAUGUAUUGAGGAGUUGCAGAGUCCUGAUUACUACCCUGAGAUUGUUAAAGAAGCUAUCAAUCUUGCUCUGGAUAAAGGUGCCAGUUUUGUUGAUCCUCUUGUUAGGCUUCUGGAGCACCUGCAUGCCAAGAAGACUUUCAAGACUGAAGAUCUGGAAAACGGUUGCAUGCUAUAUGGGGCGCUGUUGGAAGAUAUUGGUAUUGACCUUCCUAAGGCACCAACACAAUUUGGUGAAGUGGUUGCUCGUCUGAUUUUGUCGUGUGGCCUGAGAUUUGAAGCCGUCGAGGGGAUCUUGAAGACAAUGGAGGAUACCUACUUCCGCAAAGACAUAUUCAGCUCUGUCACGAGAACCCUAGAAGCAAACCCAGCAGGUCAGGCUAUAUUGAGCUCACAUGCUGCUGUCAUGGACGUGUGCAACAGCCUCUUGAAAUAAUAGCUCGCUCCUGUCAGCUCGACUUCUCAGGUGCUGUGUCUGGCGAACAACAGCAUAGGUGUAUUCUCUAUAGCUUAGGUGGUUUCACCUGUGAGGAACUGUGGUGCUUGGGGGUGUGAGCAACAGCCAGUUUUGAGCUGUAUAUUUUUGCGAGGUCACAAUGAGUGUUGAUUAUUGUUUCGACAAAGCGAAAGCGAAAAGAAAAGGAAGCCAUGGAUUUUUGGUCUCUGGUGUGCUGGCGGCCUAACUCGCUGGAGCCUGGGAUGAACAAGGCUUUUUUUAAACGUGAUGUUUUUGUUGUCUCAAUGUUAUUAUUUUAUCUUCUGCUCUUACACAUUUUGUAACAAUGUACUGUGGUUUUUUGGAGUAUUCUGUUGGUUACAGUAUAUCGUGCCAUCAUUGUAGGACUCAAGAAUUCAAUCUAAGAUUAUUUUGCCU